CUGUGGUUGUCGAGACUCUUCACCUCAGAAAGGUCUGGUCGCAAAUAGUCAAUGGGUGGUUGGAUCCGAUCGUCCUCACCUCCCCAGUCAUGGCUUCCAUGCUAGAGUUCCGCACGCCUGGCUUCAAUCCCUACGCAGUCAAAUACUCGCCGUAUUACGAUUCGCGAAUUGCAGUUGCGACAUCAGCUAACUAUGGCAUCGUGGGCAAUGGGCGUGUCUUUGCUCUGGGGAUGACCCCGGCUGGGAUCCAGGUGGAAAAGACCUUUGACACCAACGACGCCCUGUACGACCUCGCUUGGUCCGAGAUCAACGAGAACCAGAUGGUCGUGGCAUGUGGUGAUGGCUCCCUCAAGUUGUUCGACCUAGGGGUCAAUGACUUUCCUGUGAUGAACUUCCAUGAGCACAAGCGGGAGGCAUUCUCCGUGUGUUGGAAUCCGAUCACCAAGGACAACUUCAUCUCUAGUUCCUGGGACGGGACAGUGAAGAUAUGGUCGCCCACGCGCAACGCCUCGCUGAAGACCCUCCCCAUAGGCAGCUGCACCUACAGCGCCUCCUUCUCGCCGACCAACCCGUCCAUCAUCUCGGCCGUCUCCUCCGACAGCCACAUCCGCAUCUUCGACCUCCGCGCCCCGACCUCGGCAAAGUACCAUCUCACGACCAUGAUCCCGGUGCACGCGCCCCCGCGCAGCGGCGCCUUCCUGCCCAACGGGCAGACCUUCCCGGCCGCCGCGCCGGCCGAGAUCCUGACGCACGACUGGAACAAGUACAACGACUCCGUCGUCGCGACGGGCGGCGUCGACCGCGUCGUGCGCACCUUUGACGUCCGCAACCCGGGCGGGGGCCCCGUCUCGCUCCUGCACGGCCACGAGUACGCCGUGCGCCGCCUCGCCUGGAGCCCGCACGCCAGCGACGUCCUCGCCAGCGCCAGCUACGACAUGACGGUCCGCGUGUGGACCGACGGGAGCAGCGGCCCGGCCGCCGACCCCUCUUCGGCGCCCCCGGUGCGCGCCGGCACGGAGCUCGGCAUCAUGAACCGCCACACCGAGUUCGCCACCGGCGUCGACUGGUGCCUGUUCGGCGCCGGCGGCUGGGUCGCCAGCGUCGGCUGGGACGAGAGGGUCCUGCUGUGGGACGCGCAUACGCUGCUGAGGAGAUGAUUUUGACGGGACCUUUUUGACGACCAAAAACAAAAACGCUUUGCGGAAUGAUACCCCGGUUUCAUGGUCCCGGCUGCUCCUUACGGGAACGAGUGGUUUCCUUUCUUUUUCGCUGGGUCGGUUUUGAUGUCCCGACUUGUGUUCGGGCCUGGGAGGUCAGGGGUAGAACGGGCGGAGGGACAACAUUAGAGGCGUUCGUUGGGUGGACUGAACCAUGAUAAAUAUUCUUCUGGAGUAGCAUUACGACUAUUGGCCAUAUCGGCAAGAAAAUUGUGUACGGCUUCGAAAUGUAUCAUUACAUACCAAAGUCAAGUGCAGUGAGUAGAAUUGCUGUACCUCAAUCGCUCCGAGAGUUAGCUGUCUUGCCCUUUGCAACAUCCGCCUCUGGUUUCAGGGGGCCUGGCUGACCCACCACACACAUCACAAGUUCCGAACACAGCGCGCCUUUUUAUAUUAAAA